UUUGCCUUCUUACUUUGUAUUCGCGUCGCGGUUCCCAUUUUUUGAAUAAUGUGCUCCAACUCAUAGCAUAUUCUUCCAAUUUCGAUUAAGUAGGCAACCUUCCAGAUCCCAGAGGUAUGGGGAAAGGAGCGGGUUGUAUGCCAAGCAAGAGUCGGCCGCCGGCGGGGGCCGCGGAGAGCUCUGAAGCCGACGUGAAGAUUGUUGCCCCGGUUCCUAGAGAAGAGAGGAGCGUUGAGAUCAAAGCAAUCGAUAACACUCCUCCUCCGGCUGAGGUUAAAUUGAAGAUCUUUAUCGUAUUCUACUCCAUGUACGGGCACGUUGAGAGCUUGGCAAGGAGAAUGAAGAAGGGGGUGGAUGGGGUCGAUGGCAUCGAGGGAUUCCUGUAUCGUGUGCCCGAAACACUUUCUCAGGAAGUUUUGGGGAUGAUGAAUGCGCCACCUAAAGAUGAGGAUAUUCCGGUGAUAACUGCUGGGGAGCUGACGGAGGCUGAUGGCGUUCUGUUUGGGUUUCCGACGAGGUUUGGAAGCAUGGCUGCGCAGAUGAAGGCUUUCUUUGAUAGUACGGGGCAGUUGUGGAAGGAACAGAAGCUUGCUGGGAAGCCAGCUGGGUUCUUUGUGAGCACUGGAACACAGGGAGGAGGGCAGGAAACAACUGCCUGGACUGCAAUCACCCAGCUAGCCCACCAUGGAAUGCUAUUUGUUCCAAUAGGUUAUACUUUUGGGGCCAAUAUGUUCACAUUGGAAGAGAUCAAAGGAGGUUCUCCUUAUGGUGCUGGAGUCUUUGCAGGUGAUGGCAGUAGAUUGGCCACUGAUGUAGAGCUUGAUCUUGCAGAACACCAAGGAAAAUACAUGGCCUCCACUGUCAAAAAGAUAGUACAGUCUUAGCACAAUCAAAUCAAAUCUCUGCUGAAUCUCCAUUAUCCAUUAAUUCAUAGAUUUAUUCUUCUCUGAGUAUUUUUACUUUUCUUCAUAUGGAUGUCAGCAAAUAAGACCCUUACGGUCGGUCUCUCAUUGCCUUUCUUUCUGUCUUUCAUUCUUGUUUGUGCUUCCAUUGGUCUUCAUUGCCUAUGAUUGUUAUAAACCAACAAAGUUAAUGUUAUUGAUAAUGCCCUUUGUGGCUUCUUUU